AUGGAAAUGGAACAAAAGGAAUUUGUGUUGAUUAACUUCCCAGGAUUUUCUAAGGACCCGUCAGCACCUUUAGACGAACAAGUGAAUUCGAUGUGUAAGUGCUUUGGUGGGACUGAAGCCGUUCAAAAAUAUAUCCGUGGCGAGUCAGGCAAAUUACAAUUCACGUUUAGACCAUCAGACCUGUUUUCUUCGACUUUCCCCGUUCAAGCAGAAAAAUGUAAAAACAAGAUUCUUGUGACUCGCAAGAAUGGGAACAUCGCUUUCAAAGGAAAAGUCACUAAAGAGAUUAAUAUCGAUUCGUUGGCCCCUUUCCAGGUGAUCGACAGAUCAAGCUUUCGAUUGAUCCUCCCAAGCGAACAACCCGUCGAUUUCCCUUUUGAAAUAAACACAGGCCGUACUACUCGUGUGUUCCAUCCGGCUCAAGUCAAUUUCCAACAAGGCAAAGAGCGUACAAAGAUGUCAUUAGAGUCACACCCACACUCUCUACCUUUCAGAAAAUCAAAACUUCGGGGUAAAAAGACGGAAGACAGUCAAGUCUCUGUUACAUCGACUCUUGAAGCAACUGAUCAAGAUCUUGAGUCUCAAAUCGAUAAAGAAAACAGUGAAGACUAUCUUCCAAAAAGUACUUUAUAA